CUCUCUGUCUCUCUCUCUGUCUCUCUCUCUCUCUCUCUCUCUUGUGACGAGCCUCCUCUCAGAACAGCGCGAACGCGCCUCGCAGCAGCAGCGGCAGCAGCUCGGCGACGCACAGAGACGCGAGCGAGGGAAUAUGACACACAUCUGAGGAAAGAGGUCAAUGUGGCUACCGAAGCAGCUCUCUGGGGUAGUUGUCAGUCGUCGUGGAUUCCAGAGGCUCGUCUCUAUAGCAACCCAUCGCUCCUCCUGAGCGUUGCCGCCGGCUUACCCCCUCUGCCACACGCCGAGUCUCUCCUCAUCCCCCUGGCCAAUCACCGCCUCUGAACUGCGCCGGAAUGGACACAGAGUCGACCCACUCGGGCUACUCCUAUCACUCCAGCCGCUCCGGGAGAUCAAACCGACAUGGGGAUCGAAACCGUGAGCGGCACAAGGUCAGCAGCAGCAAAGACAGCAGUCGCUCGGAGAGAUCCGUCGUCAUCAAUCCGCCCGACACACCAUCCCAGGAAUCCCCCGUUCACAACGGAGAGCCGCUGCCUGGGGAACCCUCGCCGGCAGCAGAUCUUGAAGAAGAUGAAGCCCAGGAUGAUAACUGGGGAGAAACUACCACGGCAGUGACAGGCACCUCAGAGCUGAGUGUUUCCCAGGAGGAGGUGGUUGGACUGGGGAAGGGGAUACAGGACCGGACCCAGGGCUUUCGCCGCUAUCUUCCCCUCGCGGUGGGCCUGUGUGUGGGGCUGCUGGUGCUGGCCACGCCCUUGGUUUUCCUGCUUCUUCCAGCCGUAAUGUGGCCUGACAGACUGCAGGCUUGUGGUUCCGCCUGUGAGGGCCUCUUCCUCUCCAUCUCCUUCAAGCUCCUCAUCCUCCUGGUGGCCAUUUGGGCCUUGUUUCUCCGACCGGGCCGCGCCAGCCUGCCCAGAAUGUGUGUGUACCGGGCCUUCCUCAGCACACUCACACUCCUGCUCACCAUGUCUUAUUGGCUCUUCUAUGGGGUCCGGAUCCUCGAUGCACAGGAUGAGGACUACCACGGUAUCGUCCAGUUCGCCGUGUCCCUCGUGGACUCCCAGCUGUUUGUCCACUACCUGGCCGUGGUGCUGCUGGAGCUCCGUCAGCUGCAGCCCUGUUACAGCGUGAGUGUUAUCCGCUCCACGGACGGAGAGACGCGUCACUACAACAUAGGACAGCUCAGUAUUCAGAGGGCUUGUCUGUCCAUUCUGGAGUACUACUACAGAGAUUUCCCUCUCCACAACCCAGCACUCCUCUCCGCCUCGAAGCACCGGGCUGCCAAACACCUAGCUGGGUUAAAGGUGUACAACGUAGACGCCCCGGGGAACACGGCAGGGGCUCAGCCCGGUAAUGGGAAUCAGUCACGGGCGAUGGUUACAGCUGCCGCCAAGCGCAAAGACAGCGCCCACAACGAGCUGUACUACGAAGAGGCCGACUACGAGAGAAGAGUCCGCAAACGUAGAGCCAGGCUGGUAGUGGCUGUGGAGGAGGCCUUCACUCAUGUGCGUCGGAUGAAGAAGGAGGACGAGCGCGCAGCCCCCUCCGACAUCAUGGACGUACGUGAGGCUGCGCUGGCCAUAUUUCCGUCCAUGGCACGUGCCCUGCAGAAGUACCUCCGCACCACCAGGAGGCAGCACUGCCACAGCAUGGAGAGCAUCCAGAAGCACCUCGCCUUCUGCCUCGUGAACAACAUGAGUCCUAAGGCCUUCCUUGAGGCCUACCUGGCCCCUGGUCCCACUCUGCAGUACGGCCCUGAGCGCUGGAUGGCAGAUCAGUGGACUUUGAUCAGCGAGGCUUCUGUCACCAGCGGCGUCAAGGAGGGGACAGAGUUCCUGCUGAGGUGUCUUGACUUUAGCUUAGCCGUUACCAUCAGGGGCAUCCCUUACAUCCGACUGAUGGAGGAGUACGUCGACCCCAAGUCUCACAAGUUUAUACUGCUGCUCCAGUCAGAAACCUCCGUUUAACACACCCGCUGGACCAGGACUUGCAGGCCUGUUGCGCUUAUCUGACUGAAUUUAGAAAAAGAAAAAGAAAAAAAAGCAUUUUGUACUGGGUUUUUUUGUACUUAGGUUUUUGUUAUUUUCUCACAUAGAGCAUCCUAUUGCCCUUGUCUUUGUCCUGGGAGACAUGGAAGACGAUAAAACACAGAAAGUAGGAGGGAGUAUGAUUGGAUUCCUGUGUCCUGACGUUUUGCAGAGCACAGUUCAGGUAUUCCUCUAUGCACUUCACAAAUGCUCUCCUUUCUCGCAUGUGCCAGUGCGUGCCUGCGUGGGAGAGUUCAUGAUGUUGGAGGAGUGUGUGCUUUUGAGAAUGGGAAAGUGUGCGUGUGCGUGCGUGCAUGUGUGUGUGAGUAUAAUAUACACCUGUGGUUUGUCUUAACCAGUCUCCCCUUUCUCCUUUGCGUUACGUAGUGACCCGAAUAUUUGAUAUAAACUGAAUAAUUUUCACCAAAACUGCUCUUUCUCUGUCUUAGGAGUGAUUUAUUUAACUGUCCCGUAUCACAGAUAGAUCUAUGUACAGUAUUUAUAUGUGAAUAUACUCUAUCUCCAUUUUUAUAUAAAAAAUUGUGCUCGGUUCGAAGGAUUCUUUUUUUUUUUUUUACCUCAUCACAGAUGUUUUUAUCUUGUCUGUCUGCACUGUAUUUGUGGAGAAUACUGGACUGUAAAUAGUUGACAGACACAUUUUGGAAGUGUCACUGAAAUCUCUUGGAGAGAAAAAAAAAACUGCCAAACACAAUACAGCUGAAUACAAACAGUCUAGCCGGCAGAUUGUGAACAAACACACCUGACUAGUCAUUAUGUUUGCAUUUGUACAGUUACACUGAUCUUUUUGAAGGCCCACAGAAGGAUUCAUGUUUGAACAGCUUUGAGUUUGAAGUGACUGAGAUUUUUUACAUCGCACGUUAAAACUGUCGCCUGUGUGAUGUUGGAUUUCAGAACAUAUUCCCCUGAUUUGGAUCUGCACUCUUUGAGGGGAACAUAUUAUUACAGCACCUCUCUGCAUACGAUGCAUCUUGUCAGCCAAGUAAAACCCACUGAGCCAUGAGGUUCUCAGCCGCAUAAGACAAUGUUAAAUCUAUAAAUAUUUAAAACCCAGAUUUCAGGAGGUGUUUCAAAAGAUUUGACUCACCCUGUCUCUGAAAUAAAACCCCUACCUUAAAUGAAUAGACACUUAACUCAUGCUGUCGUCAUCAACUGUUAAAAACAAGUGUUAAAAAUAUAUAUAUACAAUGGUGUACAUUAGCCAAUGUCAGUAUUUCUGCUGUCAGCAUUCUGUCUGUGGACACCCACGUGUCACACUCCUGCCACCUUAUCCGCCACCACUGGAACAUGAACUGUCCUGUGCAUAAAUCAAAACCGUUUAUUUGAUCUGUAUCUUUUAGGUAUUCUGUACAUGGGAGGCAUGUUAUGUUGUAAAUUUAUAUUUACACAAUUUUUUUAAUGUGGUGACUGACGGUGUAUUUUAUGUUGAUGGUUGUAAAUACUUAUUAUUAACUACACGUGCCUCAGUUUUACAUAUCUAGGAUCUGAUCUACAUAUGUGUGAAGUUUUCAAAUGUGCUUCUGUGUGUGAGCGUGUGUGUGUGUGUGUGUGUGUGUGUGUGUGUGUGUGAGAGAGAUAGAAAGAGAGAGAGUGAGAGAUAAUGAAGAAAAGAAAUUGCUUUCCCAAAUGUCAUGCAGCUGACAGUUGUCUCUGUCUUAUUUUAUACAGCAGGAAAUGUAAAAUCAUAGCAGUUGUGUCAAAGUCACAUUUGUAAAAAAGAAAAAAAUAAAUAUUUGUAUUGACCUUU